AGCCGAGCUGGAGCGGAGCUUUCCGGAACAUCCGGCUGUAGCUUCUCAACAUAAACAGCAAUGGCGGAGGCAGCAGCAGCGUCUAUGGCGGCUUCAUCAAUAACAGUAGGUUGGACCAAACACGUAACCUGCAGGUAUUUCAUGCAUGGUCUAUGCAAAGAAGGAGGCAACUGUCGAUAUUCCCACGAUCUGGCCAGCAGCAAACCUGCAGAUAUGAUUUGCAAGUUCUUUCAGAAGGGAAACUGUGUGUUUGGGGACCGUUGCAGGUUUGAUCACUGUAAACCAGCGAAGAACGAGGAGUUGCCAACCCCACAGACGCUGCCUCUGCCCUCUGUCUCGCUGGCCAGCUCGUCAGACCCAGAACCCAGUGGGUCAACACCCGGUUCAGGGGCACAAGACUGGGUCAACGCUACUGAGUUUGUUCCAGGACAGCCGUACUGUGGACGGGCUGAGCCGGAGAGGUCUGUCCCUCUCAUCGAGGAGUUUGACAGUGAGGCAUCGCAGGACAACAAAGAGCUGAGGAAGCAGCUCUGUCCGUAUGCAGCCGUUGGAGAGUGCCGCUACGGAAUCAACUGUGCCUAUCUCCACGGCGACGUGUGUGACAUGUGCGGCCUCCAGGUGCUCCACCCCACUGACAACGCCCAGCGCUCCGCGCACACUAAGGCAUGCAUCGAGGCCCAUGAGAAGGACAUGGAGAUUUCAUUUGCCAUCCAACGCAGCAAAGACAUGAUGUGUGGUGUGUGUAUGGAAGUGGUGUUUGAGAAGGCCAACCCAAGCGAGCGCCGUUUUGGCAUCCUCUCCAACUGCAGCCACUGCUACUGUCUAAAGUGUAUUCGCAAGUGGAGGAGUGCCAAGCAGUUUGAGAGCAAAAUCAUCAAGUCUUGCCCAGAGUGUCGGAUCACAUCCAACUUUGUCAUCCCAAGCGAGUACUGGGUGGAGGAUAAGGAGGACAAGCAGAAACUCAUCCAGAAAUACAAGGAUGGCAUGGGGAGUAAACUGUGUCGAUACUUUGACGAGGGUCGUGGAACGUGUCCUUUUGGCUCAAAUUGCUUCUAUAAGCACGUCUUUCCUGAUGGACGGCUGGAGGAAGCGCAACCCCAGCGAAGACAGACCGGAUCCAACAGCAGGAAUCGGAACUCAAGACGAACGCCGCUGUGGGACAUCUUCGACGAACGGGAAAGCACCGACUCCUUUGACAACGAGGACGAGGAGAUGGUGACGUUUGAGCUGAGCGAGAUGCUCCUCAUGCUCCUCGCCGCAGGAACAGACGAUGAGGUGACGGAUUCAGAGGACGAAUGGGACUUGUUUCACGAGGAGCUGGACGAUUUCUAUGAGAUUUACCUAUAGCAGCCCCCCCCCCCCGUGUACUAGACACUAGAAUGGACUGUCUUGUGCGAGUGAUGGACAGUAGCUUUUUCCCCACCCCCUGUAUUGUGGCAGUGCUUUAUAGCAGGCCAUUAAUAAAUGAACUUUUAAAAGAAAAAAAAAAAAAAAAAAGUCCAACAAGUGCUCGUGCUAAACAUUUUCUAGACAUCUAUCCUCGUGGGUCUAUCUUGUGCAAUUCAUGUUAAAAGGAAAAAAAUGACAAAAAGAACUCGAUAUAAGAUUCAACAAAUUAUAACUUUCUUCAAAUAUUGCUAAUAAACAUUGUCAAGUUUAUUUGUGGGUGUGGGUUUGACUUGUUAAUCAUCUACCCAGGUGUUAAUAUGUACUUCUGAGACUCUGAGGAUGCACUCUUACUUACUCGGCACCAUUUACUGUAAUCGUGAUGGGCAUGUUGUAAGAUUUUACAUAUGCUUUUUUUUUUUUUUCUUUAUUAAAGCUGCUGAUAGCCAAUAUAUUGUGCUGAUGUUAAAUACAUUCACCAUGAUCAUGUUGUACUGAAAAGUAUUUACUGUGUCCCUUUUUUCCAAGGUGAAAAAGUCUGUUAUGAGGCAUUUAGAUUAUAAUGAAACACUGUCCAUCAAAGCCCAGACAUUGGAACUCUUGUAAGGUUUGUGGCUGUUUAAAGCAGGGUGACCCCGGGCCCUUAUCCUGAAUAGAAUACUCAGACAUUUUAGUGACAUAAGAUAAGUUAUGGAAGAGAUGUAAGAAAUCUUUUCUUUUUCAGUGGAAAAUUACUCAAGCACACAGAUUUGAGUCCACAAAAUUUGAGCUGCUCAAUUCUGCCACUUGUGGCUGGAAGCUAUACUACACAGAAUUGUACUCUCCUUUACAUAUCUUCCGGCUGGACAGUGAAGCGGUCUCGUUCUUCAGUAACACAUUAUAUAUGGAUCUGGGCUAGGGGAAGACCUGCUAAGUGGCCCUCACCUUCCUCCUCUCUCUUUCUCCUCACACACGGACUAGUCUACGAAAUCUUCUGCCCUUACAAUGAAUAAUGAAUUUAUUGUGAAAUUUUAUAUUGGGUUUUCAAAAUACUUUUGUUUUUCUGUGAUCCAACUAAAGUAUGGGCCAAUUGGCUCCAUACAGCGGUCAAAUAGACAAAAUAAAGAACUUCAUUUAAAAUUUGCUGAGCAUCUAGGUACCAAGUCCUUCCUCAGAACCAGGCUAUAAUGAGUCAACUCUAAUAACUCUUCAGCAGUGCAGAGAAUCACGGAGGUGAGAGACUUUCCAUUCCCCACAACACCAGUGUGAAGUGUACGGUAGAUUCGCUGCUCUUUCUUUGCUGCUGAGACGCUCAUCCACUGACUCCUGAUAGCUGGUCUCAACCUGUUAAACUCCAUUUGAAUGCAUAUGUUUAUAUUGAAAUGUGUGUUUUCUAUGUUCCACAGCCAUCCAUCUUAACUUGAAAUUAAAGUUUAUCAACUUUAGACUGUUUAGUCUAAAUACUUUUGUCUGUUGUCUUGUCUGUAAGUCACGACCUGAUAGCCAUCAGUGUGUAAAUUAUCGUAGAAAAUAUACACGGUUACUGUGUGUGAUUAUAUGUUGAAUGAUGUAGUGAAUGCAAUGCGAUAUACAUAUACGAGAUAUGUACGUGAUCAAGGAUCUCUAAAAGUUGUAUUUGCUCCCCUUUUUCUUUUGUGCUUAUCCGAUCUGUGAUCUGAUUUGUGAUACGAUCCGAACCGUGAGUUUUAUAAUCUGUUGCACUAUUUGAGUGCCAAUUUGAAUACGGCGACUGCAUGUGGCUCAGUGGUAUCAGAAGAUCGGCGGCACAACAUGUAGUGUGAGCUUUGAGUGGUAUACAAGUACAUUUACCAUGUAUGUUUGUGUGUAUGUUCUUCUUUUCAAAUUAACACUUUUCAAAAACAGUUUAUUAAACUUUGUACUACAGAGUGCACUGCACAUGCCUCAAAACAGUUAAUCAAGCAUUCACACAUUGUCAAUGUAGGGUGCAUUAGUAUGUACACCUCUUUCUAUCGGGUGUAUAAAUAGCAAAACUUAAUUUAUGGAAAAUUUACUUUUUACUGGCUUCUCUGAAUUGAAAACCUGUACCGUUUAAAUUUCUCCAGCCAUUGUGGGGACAAUAUUGUUAUUAAUUUCUUUAUCUCUGUCUAUGUUAGCGACAUUUCACUGACUCCACUGGGAGUCUACCUCAGGCAUUGUUGAUUUGAUUCUCUGCUGCAUGUUGACUGAGCAGCCCAUAAUAUAACAACCAGAUUGCUACUAGUGCCAAAUAGUUCCACAGGAUGGUGUCUCCCUUUUAUGAUAUGAUCCGAAUUUAUCUUUCAAAUCACAUAUUGAAAACCUUUUUUUCCAAGCUGAAACUUAAAUUUGGUUAUUUUUUGGUAAGAAAUACCGUUUCUACCUCUACAUUUGAUUUUGGCAACUUUUUUUUUUUCCUUAAUUGGAUUACAGUGAUCCGCUCUGAAUGCACCUUUUCUAAAGUACAGAAGAACCUGAAAUUGCCAGAGGCGAUUUCAGUGGCGGAAUUUAAUUCCAUUUUAAAAGAUUUGAGAAAAUAGCACUCGUGGUCAAUGUGGUUGCCAUUAAAUCAUUUAAAAAAGACAAGGUUUUGGACAAAAGCGUUUUCCAAAUCAAUAAAGGUCAUGUAAAUUAAAUCUGAAAACUGAAAUUUAACUCUUGAAAGAUUAUUUUCAUAGCCUAUUUAUCAGUUACUUUUGCAAAUAUAUAUCAGUUACACUUUGAAAUCUAUACGAAUCACUUCAAAUCAGCAUAAAUUAGAUCCACCGCAGAAAGAACGUCACUUUUAAAGAUGGUUUGCCUGUUACUCCAGUUAUUUAUUUCUUCUAAAACAGUGGUGAAAAACACCUGGAACAAAUGCCAGGAGUUGAGUUAACAUUAAAACAACAUUUUGACUGGGAUGUUAACUGCAUGUCAAAUGAAUCAGAAGGCCCCUGUUACCACUUAAAAGCAACUAACACAUCUUAUUCAUCCUGCAUGCUCACAUGCACUAAAAGCAUGCAUGGCUAUGUCAAGAAAGCAAGGAGAAGCUCUGAUAACAUCACAUCGCACAUAAUAAAAACGAAAUAAUAAAUACAUGAAAAUAAUUCAG